AGAACCUUCAUACCCGGAACCAUGGGUACUCCGGUAAUUUAACACCUUUACCUUGUUUCUGGCUGAGAAAUAGUGAAAUACAAGGUGACUGGGGAGUUGCAGGGAACAAAGAGAAAUACUGUGCGGCAUAAAAUCCUCAGCGUUAACGCCCUCAAAUAUAAUAAAAUUCACUCCACCCGAUCCAAGAUUUUCCCUUAAUUGCCCUCUCUUUAUCCGUGCCGAUUGUGCUCUCUCUAACCUCGCGCCAAAAGAAUUCACCAUUCCGUCACCAAAUCCUCCUCUCUGUUAUACGAACAUUUGUGAGAUUUAUCUUGUUUUCUCAGGGUAGAAGGAGGAAUUCAAGUCUCUUCAAGAAAAGCGUGCUGUUCUGAGAUUCGUGAAUAGGAUUUAGCUGAUAGUCUCAAUUAGGGAAGAAGAUUGAAUAAACUUUGGAAAAAAUUUUCUCCCUUCUUGUUCAGGAAAGAAAAAGAAAAAGUCGGUUUGGGUCUAUAAACCGAUUCGCAUGCAUUUAGUUUCCAAUUUAGAAGUCCCUUGUUGGUGGGUCAUUUUCAAAACAACAAUUCUCAGAUUCAUCGAAGGAAGAUUUCGAUCAUCGGCAGUUAGUUAGUUGGUUGGUUGAUCUUCAAAGGAUCCAUGUUACACGAAUCUUUGUAGGACUUUACCUAAUUAGGAAACCAUGUCAUUGGCUUCCCCAAAAGGCUCUCCUAGAAUGGCUGCAUUCCCGCGGAGCCUUUCCUCCAUUGCAGCCUCAUUGGCAGUACUAGCUAUGUUCUUGAUUUUUGCUUCUUGGCUUCUAGUUUCGUAUCCAAUUGGUUCUACUGUUAGAGGGUACUUUUAUAGUGUUGAUAGGAAAAUAGUUUUGCCUGCUUCCGGCUUUAAUCAAAGUGCUGUUAAUGAUGUAGAUUUUGUUGAUAAGAAUUCAUCAUCUGGGUCAAAUUUGAAAGCACCUGUGUUGAGUUCCAAUAGUUCUAUCGUUCUUGAUGAUAGUGAAAAUGCACAAGUAUCUAUUACAUCUUCUGUUGCUAAGGAUUCGUUGCCAUCUGAGUCUAAUGUAGAACUGCCUACUAGUUCCAAAGAUUCACUAGUUGAUUCGAAAAGUAAGGAGAUGCCAGAGAAGCCUGUAGAGCUUCCAGAACCGUCUCUCAGAUCAGCGGAAAAUGCGGUGGACACUUCCAGUUCUGCAUCUGGCAAAGCAUCUGAGAUCAAUUCAGUUGAUUCAGGCUGUGACCUGUACCAUGGAAAUUGGUUCUAUGAUCCACAAGGGCCGUUAUACACCAACAACUCUUGUCCUGUCCUAACACAGAUGCAGAACUGCCAGGGUAAUGGGAGGCCUGACAAGGAAUAUGAGAAUUGGCGUUGGAAACCCUCUCAAUGUGACCUCCCACGAUUUGAUGCCAAGAAGUUUCUGGAGUUGAUGAGAGGAAAGACGCUUGCUUUCAUUGGUGAUUCUGUUGCUCGAAAUCAGAUGGAAUCAAUGUUGUGUCUUCUGUGGCAGGUUGAAGUUCCAAAAAAUCGAGGCAACCGGAAGAUGCAACGAUGGCAUUUCAGGUCGACAUCUGUAAUGAUUGUCCGGAUAUGGUCCUCUUGGCUUGUCCAUCAAUCUUCUGAAAAGUUUGGCUUUGCUCCAGGGGGUGUUACCAAGCUGCACCUUGAUGCUCCUGAUAAUAGCUUCAUGGAAUUCAUCCCGAACUUUGAUGUGAUUGUUAUUUCUUCUGGCCAUUGGUUUGCCAAGCGGUCUGUCUAUAUCUUGAACAAUGAGAUUGUAGGAGGACAACUAUGGUGGCCAGAUCGUUCUCGGCCUAUGAAAAUCAAUAAUAUUGAUGCAUUUGGGAUAUCUGUUGAGACAAGUCUGUCUGCUAUUCUUACACAUCCUAAUUACACAGGCCUGACUAUCCUGCGUUCCUUUUCUCCUGAUCAUUAUGAGGGUGGAGCCUGGAAUACCGGUGGAUCAUGCACAGGAAAAGUAAAGCCACUUGCAACUGGUGAGUUAGUGGCGAAUGGCUUUACAAAUAUAAUGCACAAGAAACAGGUGAUGGGUUUUAAACGUGCUGUCAAGAAGGCGACAAAUAAGUCCAAGUUGCGGUUGAUGGAUAUUACGGAACUCUUCGGCUAUCGCCAUGACGGGCAUCCUGGCCCAUAUAGGAACCCAGACCCAAAUAAGAUCACAAAACGUGGCCCAGAUGGAAAGCCUCCACCUCAGGAUUGCUUGCACUGGUGCAUGCCAGGUCCUGUUGAUACCUGGAAUGAACUUGUGCUCGAAAUUAUAAGAAGAGAAUUUGAGGGCGACCAAAACUUUUCAUCAGAAGAUUGAUGGGGUUUCGGUCAGCAAAUUUCCACUUGAUUGUGCUUUUGUAAUCGAAACAGUAACUUAUUUAGUGAGAUUUAUUUUGUGGUUAGAGUGAGGGAGAGCUAGUCCUUUUGUUUAUACCCUUACAUAUAUUCUUUUUUCCUCUUAUGGAAGGGAGUUUGGGAGAGAAAUAACCUGUUGUAGCAGUUUGGAAUAUUGAGAGCUAUUUGCAUUUUUGUGAUGCCUGAUCGACCAAUGACAAUAUCAAAUUCAUAAUUUUGGAGAAA